UCACACCACACCACCAUCCAAUCCCACCCUUUCGGUUUCCCCACAAACAAAAUUAGCACUACUACUUUAAGUUAACCCAAAACCGCUCUCUCAUUAUUUCCAUUCUCAUUCUCUCUCUAAACUCCCACCCUCUCUCUCUCCGAUCCAUUCCGUUAGAUCUCGCAAUGGCGGCCGCUCCCUCCCCUCGCGAAGAGUUCGUCUACCUCGCCAAACUCGCCGAACAAGCCGAGCGCUACGAGGAGAUGGUUGAGUUCAUGGAGAAGCUCUCCGCCGCCGUCGACGGCGAGGAACUCACCGUCGAGGAGCGUAACCUCCUCUCUGUUGCCUACAAAAACGUCAUCGGCGCUCGCCGUGCUUCCUGGCGUAUCAUCUCCUCCAUCGAGCAGAAGGAGGAGAGCCGCGGUAACGAGGAUCACGUCUCCAUCAUCCGUGACUACCGAUCCAAGAUCGAGUCUGAGCUUUCCAACAUCUGCGACGGGAUCCUCAAGCUUCUUGACUCCCGUCUCAUCCCUGCUGCUGCUUCCGGUGACUCUAAGGUGUUUUACCUCAAGAUGAAGGGCGAUUACCAUAGGUAUCUGGCUGAGUUCAAGACCGGUACUGAGAGGAAAGACGCUGCUGAGAGCACUCUUGCUGCUUACAAAUCUGCUCAGGAUAUUGCAAACUCUGAGCUGCCUCCUACUCACCCGAUCAGGCUGGGCCUUGCUCUGAACUUCUCUGUGUUUUACUAUGAGAUUCUGAACUCUCCUGACCGAGCUUGCAGCCUUGCAAAACAGGCUUUUGAUGAGGCCAUUGCUGAAUUGGAUACAUUGGGAGAGGAGUCAUACAAGGAUAGCACUUUGAUCAUGCAACUUCUCCGUGAUAACCUCACCCUUUGGACCUCUGACAUGCAGGAUGAAGGUGCAGAUGAAAUUAAAGAAGCCGCACCUAAACCUGAUGAACAGUAGCAGCAGUAAACCUAUUAUUCUGCAAAAUUAAUUAUGGAACUUCUCUUUUAUGAUGUAUUUAAAGGGAGAAGGUGCUGAUUGCUAAUCUCAAUGCUACUGAGAUUUUAGGCAUUCGUGGUCUUUGUGAUGAAUUAUGGAUUAUGGAUGCAUUGGGCUGUUUUAGUUUGUCCUUCCAUUUGUACUUGUUUUUGAAUUGCCUAUUUUCUUAACGACACUGAAAUUUCUGUCAUGCAAUUGGAAUAUCCAGAUUCCAUUCUAUUUAGCAAA